AAAAGAAAGAAAGGAAUAAAGAAAGAGGAAGACUCAGAAGAAAUCGGUCAAGCGACAAGAGGGCCACUUUUUCUGCGUCUUCCGGAGACCUUCGAUCGAGAGAAGGAGGCUCUCGAAUAGCUUGCAAAUCUUUGGGCUUAUCUCCAACUUAUAAAAAGAAAGCUAAAUGGACUCAAAAUAUGGACAUGAGCAUCGAUCGACGCACUUUGGAGAUAAUUUCAGCUCCUUGGAUCAGGUCACAACUGCACUGAGGGAAGCUGGCCUUGAAUCAUCAAAUUUAAUCCUCGGUAUUGAUUUCACAAAGAGCAACGAGUGGUCAGGUAGAUAUUCCUUUGGGAGAAGAAGUCUUCAUGCCAUUGGUGACACACCUAAUCCAUAUGAGCAAGCAAUUUCUAUAAUUGGCAGAACAUUGUCCCCUCUUGACGAAGAUGAACUCAUACCUUGUUUUGGAUUUGGCGAUGCAUCAACACAUGAUCAAUCUGUCUUCAGCUUUUAUUCUGAUCAUCGUUAUUGUCAUGGUUUUGAGGAAGCACUUGCACGUUACAGAGAGAUCGUCCCACACUUAAAGUUGUCAGGGCCCACAUCAUUUGCGCCGAUAAUUGAGGCCGCUAUCGACAUUGUGGCUAGGAGCAACGGGCUAUAUCAUGUCCUUGUCAUUAUAGCAGAUGGACAGGUUACUAGAAGUCCUGAAUUACCUCCUGGGAGAUUCAGCCCACAAGAACAGGCAACUAUAAACUCCAUAGUAGCAGCUAGCCAAUAUCCUCUCUCCAUCAUAUUUGUUGGUGUGGGAGAUGGACCAUGGGAUGCAAUGAAGCAAUUUGAUGAUAAUAUCCCUCAUCGUGCAUUUGAUAACUUUCAGUUUGUAAACUUCACAAAAAUCAUGUCUGAGAACACAGAUACUUCAAAGAAAGAGACUGCCUUUGCUCUUGCUGCUCUCAUGGAAAUUCCCCUUCAGUAUAGAGCCACUCAAAGCAUUUCGCACGUCAAGGAGGCAGUGACUGGUCCUCGUAUAAGGCCACUUCCACCCCCACCUGGAGUCACUGGUCAUACCAGCUUGGAUAAGUCACUCCCAGAUAGUUCUCCACAAACUCAGGAAACAGCUUCGGGAAAAUAAGUGUCAUUUAAUCACCUUUUUUUUAUUUUUUUUAUUUUUAUUUUUUAUUUUGUGAAACUUCACGUUCUUCAUUAAAUGUAAAUCCGCACUUAGCUGCUUGUGUUCUUCAAGGUUUGCCCCAUUUGCCUUACAAAUCCAAAGAACAUGGCCUUUGGAUGUGGCCCAUCUGACAUGCAAAGCCAUUUACAAAGUGGAGAGCUUUGUGCCGACAGCCCAUCACAACCCGUUUGAGACUGUAUACUUAAGUGACAUGGGCUUCGAUGCUCGCAAGAGCAAUGGUGAAAGUCCCGGCAUUGGCAUUGGAUUGUCAAAUCAUCGACUUGUGCCAUUGCUCGCGGUAACCAUCGAAGAGAGUAAUAGCAGCAGAAGGGAAGAUGAGCAGAUGAUUUUAAGUUACAAAAUGGAUAACUUAGUCGUGAAUGUGAAUUGUUUGCUGAUUGAUUGCGUCUCCUAAGCAAAUUGUGAUGUGUUUGUACUUCUCCGUGGAUUUGAA